AUGGAUAGCAAAGCACUGAGUAUUACUUUUUUGACGGGAGAAUCCAUGUCUAGCGGUGGCAGAGAGACCGUGAAGGUGGUGAUUAUCAACACCCAAUAUGUAGACACCGAUGCUGUGAGCUUCAAGUCCGUCGUUCAAAGGUUCACCGGCAAAGAUUCGAUGGUUGGGUCAGAAUCAUCGUCCUCCACAAGACAGAUCAGGGUUCGAGGUGGUGUUGAAAUGUCUCCUGCUAGUGAUUCAGUUAUUUCACGAGGAUUGUCGUUCAAGGAUUUUGAUAGGUUACUCAAGGAGCUGCCACCAUUGGAUGAGCUUUAUCGGCUAUGCGCGGAUUCAAAUUAG